AUGCCCGACCAAGUCCUCACCAACCUGCUGCUGAUCCUCACGACCGGGCUGGUGGCGAACGUCGCGUGCCAGCGGGCGGGCGUGUCGACCAUCCUGGGUUACCUGCUGGCGGGCCUGGUGCUGGGCGACGCGGGCUUCGAGCUGAUCCGAGACGACAACCACGAGAUCGAAGUCCUCGGCGAGAUGCUGCUGGUCGCGGGGCCGGUGGCGGCCGCCUGCCUGUGGUUCGGCAUGUCGACGCCGGCGUCGCUGCUGCUGGGCGCCGCGAUGGCGUUCAGCUCAACGGUUAUCGUGUUUAAGGCGUUGGGGGAGCUCGGGCAGACGUCCACGCCGCACGGGCGGCGGGCGAUUGGCGUGCUGCUGUUCCAGGACAUGGCCCUGGUGCCGCUCUUGCUGCUGGUGCCGCUGAUCCAGGGCGGCGGCGCGCCGGGCUUCAAGGAGCUGGCCGAGCUGACGCUGGCCUCGAUCGCGUUUAUCGGCGCGGUGCUGCUGGCGCGGAUCGUGAUCAGCGGCUACCUCGCGCCGGUGCUCACUUCGUUCCGCAGCCCCGACUUGGUGGUGCUGAUGGCGGUGGUCGCGCUGGGGGGGAUGGCGUUGUUCGCUCACAAAUUGGGGCUGCCGGCGGCGCUGGGCGCGUUUGCGGCGGGGCUGCUUUUCGGCGGCAACCGCUGGAGCGCUCAGGUGGACGCGCUGGUGCUGCCGUUCCGCGAGACCUUCGCCGCGGUGUUCUUCAUUAGCCUAGGGCUGCUGCUCGACAAGGACAUCAACGUGGGGUGGAUCGUGCCGCUGGCGAUCGGGCUGGCGGGGCUCAAGCUGGUGGCGGCCGCCGUGGCGAUGGCGGUCACCGGCCUGCGGGUGCGGGCCGCGAUCGGCAUGGGGCUGGGGCUGGCGCACGUGGGCGAGUUCGCGUUCUUCCUGGGCCGCAUUGCGGCGGAGGCCGGCGUGCUGAGCCGGUCGGCUUACCAGCACAUGUCGGCCGUGGCGCUGGGGACGCUGAUCGCCACGCCGAUCGUGCUGCGGAUCGGACUGAAGUGGACGGACGGCCGCCCCGACGAGGCGGCCCACACGCCGCGCACCGAGCUGGCCCGGCCGCAGAUGGCGGUGGUGAUCGGCGUCGGCCCGGUGGGCAAGCAGGUGGCCAGCUUCCUCGAGACCCGCGGCGUCGAGGUCACGAUGGUCGACCGCAGCCCGGUCAACCUGUACCCGUUCAGCCAGCUGGGCUUCGCCACCGCCGCGGGCGACGCGACCCACACCGAGGUGCUGCGGGCCGCGCACGUGCCGGACGCCGGCAUGGUGGUGGUGUGCGUGCCCACCGACGCCGACGCGCUGGGCAUCGUGCGUUCGGUGCGGCAGCUCAACGCCGCGGCCAGCGUGGUGGUGCGGUGCCGCUACCAGAGCAACGUCGAGGGCUUGUCCCGCGCCGGCGCCGCGUUGGUGGUGAGUGAAGAGCGGAUGACGUACGAGCGGCUGGUGGCGGAGCUCGAGGGCCGGUUGACGAGUUAG